AUAAGCUCAGUUGCGUCAAGUCCAAAAUGAGUCAUUAACUAAUGUUAGACUCAACACACACACACAAAAAGUCAGAAGAUGAGCAAUCAGUUUAUGCAUCGAAUACAGAGAUACUACAGGUCCAGGGUCAGUAUUGCUGCUAUUACCAGAGACUUUUAGGCCACUAUAAUUCACAAAUUUAAAGAGACAAUAGUAAAUGCAUUAUUACUUUAUUCUUAUUCUUAUUAUUCUUUUAUUAAGUAAUGAAAUGUUAAAUAGGAAAAAGGGAAACUGAAAAAAUAAACCUUAACACCUUAACCUUAAAAAUAAAAACAUUAAAUGGAAAAUCUUACACGUAAAUGCUGAAAAUUAAAGGAUUAAGUUUAAAUGUUAUUUACAACUGAGACAUGUAGUGCAACAUAUUUGAGAUUUUCAUGGUUUUCAUCUUUGAAUUCAGAAUUGAUGGUUAAAUAAUUUAAAAACGGAAAUUUGAAUGGAUUUAUGGAUUUAAAUGGAAAACAAAAUCUUACAUGUAAACGCUGAAAAAAUUACAGAAUGAAAUUGAAAUGUAAUUUAUAACAUAUAGUAAAAACAUACAGUAUAGUAUAUGAGUUUUUGCAUCUUUCCAUUUGACUUGAAAAUGGAAAUUGAAAUUUAAACUCUAAAUGGAAAACAGAAAAUCUUUCCUUUAAGUGAAAAUAUAAAUUAUAGUUUCAUUUGUAAAAGAGAGAUUUUCUGUUUUUUUUAGCCUUUAAAUUUAAAAUGUUUAGUUUUUAAAAUGUAACAAUUUAAUUGGAUCCAUAUUCAGUUAGUCACAGUAAUUUCACACCAUUUGAAACUGGAUUUCUGCUGAGGGCAGCAUCAGUUACAUAGGGUGAAUACAAAUUUCCAGUUUUGGGGGCAAUGAUGUUCAUUUCUUCACAGAUGUAGUUUGUAAGGAAGAGGAAGAAGAGCUGUAGGGAUGAGUGGAAAACUGUCUCACAUGCUUCAUAUUGCAGUCGGAUAAACAGCCGCUCUGCAGUCUGGUAUUUUCUCUGAAGAUGUUCAGUUUCAUGAUCUUUGGUUACGUUUGGUUUCUACAGACUUGUCUGAUCCGCUGCAAUGAAAACUCUACAGCAGUGAUCCGGUUUUCAGUCCCAGAGGAUCACCACAUCUGUCUGCCGUGUGGGGGCUUUGACAGGUCUAAUGUGGUCUGGACUCAUCAGGACAGGGAGGUCCUGGUGACCAAACAAGGCAGCUACGAAACCAACGAGGACCGGCAACGCUACCGUCUACUCUCUGACGGAGGACUCUGUCUCCUGCAGCUGGACGACUCUGAUGAUGGGAAGUACCACUGUAACCAGCGGCUGGUGGCCGAGCUGCAGGUGCUGACAGGUCGUGACUUCCUGGUCUCUGCGGGCCGGACGCUGCUGAUUCCCUGCAGCCGCUCCGCCAAACACAAACAGAGGUGGUUUCACCGGAGGGGAGGGGGGAGGCAGGAGACCAUCUUCACCCGCUUCAGGAAUGGUACAGUGAAACCGGAGAGGGAGGGGAGCCGGCUCAGCUUCGGGAACAAUGCCCUGCAGAUCCAGGACCUGCAGCCAGAGGAUGCUGGAGAGUAUCACUGCAACAGAGUCCUGCAGGGCAGAGUCACCGUCCUCACAGUGCAUCCAGAGCCAACCAGCAUCCAGACAUCCAGCAGCACACCUUCAACUUCUGCUGUAGAGAACACAGAAGUGACUGAAGUAAAGAAGAAGAAGGAGAAGAGAAGUGAGAACGCUCUGUUGAUGGUCGCUGUCGGAGGUUUGGGGCUAAUGAUCCUCCUGACGACUGGUGUCUGUGUUUUACUGAUCAGCAUGAAGUGCAGGAAGAAGAAGAAAUAUAGAUAUGAAGCAGCACAGAGACACGAGGACACGGAGCUGCAGCCGUGGAAGACGUCCAGCGGAGCAGCAGAGGCUGAGACGGCAGAGAGUCCGACCCUGCCGGAGGAGACGAUCCACUACGCCGCUCUGGGACAUCAGAACUGGAGGGAGAGACCCAGCAGGACUCCACCAGACCAAGACCAGAACCAUGUCAUCUACUCCUCUGUCAUCACCAGACCUGCUGUUUAAUAGACUCCAAACAGUUAAAGUUUGUGCCGCAGCACAUAUUAAAUUAUUAAGCUUAAUCACACAGAUAAAAGCACUUUACCACAGUCAUCAACACUGAUAUGGCUUUUUAGAAUUAAGAACAUGUGUAGCACCUGAAAAAGUGCUCACAGCAUUAUGGGAAAUUGUUUCAGACUUUUGCUGUCUGUGAUGUUAACUGAAGUAUCUUUCUUGUACCAUGACUUUUGCUUGUUAAAAUGAGUGAAACAACCAACCAGCUAUUAAAUAUCUGCAGAUAA